AGAUGCAUUGCUCUCGCGGCGCGGCGCGUCUCGUUUAGUUGAUGAUCAGUGGCGCUUAAGUGAAGACGUGUGAAAUAGCCCGACGACGUUUUUCAGACAACAGUGAAAUCAAGUGUAAAUAAAAGCAAGCAGCACGUACGAUGAGUUGGCGCUUAGGCUGUCUCGUGUUAGCCGUUCUGGCUGUGUGGCAGACGCAUGGAAAGCCACUGAUUGAAGAUGCCACUUUUUCAGAUGUUGACCUUGUCGCUGAAGACUCUCACACCAACGCUGUCUAUGUAGCGGCGCCGGCACGCAUCAAACGCACGCCACAAUUUUUCGGUAGUAAUUGUGGUUUCAACGGUUGUGGUGGCCGAAACAUUUUCGGCACAAAUAACAAUCCCGCAUUUAACAACUACGCUUACACGCCUUUCAAUAAUAAUGCUGUAGUAGUGUCUCAUCAACAUCAACCAUCCACCGGCACCGUUGUGCGCCAUCAACAUCAAAGUAAUGCUCCACCACCGCCAGUGGUUCAACCACAACAACAAUAUCGCCCACCGCAAGCGCCCGGUGUUGUAGUGUCUCAUCAACAUCAACCAUCCACCGGCACCGUUGUGCGCCAUCAACAUCAAAGUAAUGCUCCACCACCGCCAGUGGUUCAACCACAACAACAAUAUCGCCCACCGCAAGCGCCCGGUGUUGUAGUGUCUCAUCAACAUCAACCAUCCACCGGCACCGUUGUGCGCCAUCAACAUCAAAGUAAUGCUCCACCACCGCCAGUGGUUCAACCACAACAACAAUAUCGCCCACCGCAAGCGCCCGGUGUUGUAGUGUCUCAUCAACAUCAACGCAAUGGUCCACCACCACCUGUGGUUCAACCACAACAACCAUACGGCCCACCGCAAGCGCCCGGUGUUGUAGUGUCUCAUCAACAUCAACGCAAUGGUCCACCACCACCUGUGGUUCAACCACAACAACCAUAUCGCCCACCGCAAGCGCCCGGUGUUGUAGUGUCUCAUCAACAUCAACGCAAUGGUCCACCACCACCUGUGGUUCAACCACAACAACCAUAUCGCCCUCCGCAAGCGCCCGGUGUUGUAGUGUCUCAUCAACAUGAACGGAAUGGUCCACCACCACCAUCACCCCCCUUAACAGGUGCUUAUAACGUGCAACCAUAUGAUUCGUACAUAGAACAAAGCUCUCAUGAACACCAUCACUACCACCACCAACAUCAUCAUCAUUCCCAUCAUGAUUACGAAUAUGAUUCGAUGCCACCACAACCAUCGGCUCAAUCAACCGCGCAAGAUUAUUAUGAUUCAAAUGAUUAUUCGUCAGGUUUUCACAACCAUCCGCCACCGGGAUUCAACGGAGGCAAUCCGUUUGAUUCACCUUAUGGAGCGCCGCCUGGCUAUUAUAGAAACCCGCCACAUUAUGGACCACCUGGACAUGGCCACCACCAUGACCAUUAUGAUCACCACGGUCAUGGUCACCAUGAAGGACCACCAGGCUACAACAAUGGACCUCCAGCACGACCCCAACCGACGCAACCACCGCCGAGCGAACCCGCACCGACACAACCGACAAUUGCUCCAGUUCCAGUCACUACACCUGCACCGGUACUCGUGACAGUGGCACCAACUAUUCCGACUACAACAACCACAACAACACCGGAACCAUUCUACGACAUUGAUAUUAGAUUUGGCAAUUAAUUAGUCGUUUUUUUUAUUGUUUUAAUGAAUGGAAAUUAUAUUAAAAAU